AUGUUAUUAUUGACACACUUUACAUCUGCAAAAGAUGCGGAGGUUCACUUAACAAAUCCUCCAAUAGAGGGCAGACUGGUGUGUAAUCCAGGGUAUCAUAUCGUGGUUAAAAAGGGAACCUUGUAUUAUAAUGGCAGGAAGCUUGACGAAAAUGCACGGUAUGCGCAGAAGAUGGCGUGUGAUUUGGAGCAGAGUUGCAACUUUAAAUUUACACGGCAAACUUUAAGUUACAUGAGCACAGCGAUUAAUGACGGCACACAACUAACUAUUAAUUACGACUGAAAGCGGGAUAACUUCGAAGGAGAUCCAAGAAGGAUAACAGAUUAUACGAGAACGCAAGGAUGUCCGCAGGACUCUUUUGUUCAGAAACACGUCGCAUAUUUUAACGAUGAAAAUAUUGCUCCCAAGAGGGAUAACCCCGUGGCACAACGGGAAAGGGAAAUGAUUGCCAUGGGCGUCUGUGCUCAGGUCAAACGUUUUAGGCAAAACAACCCAAGAACGCCCAUCGAUCCACAUCUUGGCACAGUCUACUUGAUAUAUGACAAUCGAACAAGUAAAAAUGAUUUCAUGCCGAGUUCCGAUGCUAGAAAGUGCCAACUUAAGACCAGUUCUCUGGCCAAGACAUACAAGUAUAAUUGCGAGAGGAAGGUGGAUAAAUGGACAUGUACUUUUGCUGGCAAGGGAGGAGACUUGGCCAUCAAGGUCACUAGUCACUUAGGAUGAUUAUCAUAUCCAGGACUCAACGCUCAAACGGGAAUCCAAGCCAUA